AAUUUUAUACAACUUCCGGUUUCCACGCAGGCAAGAAAAUAGAAAACCGGUUCACCAAACCUAACAGACAACGAAAAUGCCUGUAUCCAACUCUGUAUCAUGUGUGUUGUCCUUCACACUGGGUCUAGGACUCUUCGCAGGCAUGCAGAUGUUCAAACAGCAGCUGGCAUCCACCGAGUACAUGACAGUAAUUGGAGGAUUCAUUGGAAGCUUCUUAUUUGUUUUCCUUUUAACUGGUGUUAGUAAUCUGGAAAUGUCAUUAUUUGGACGCGGGUUUCAAGCAAAGUUAUUUCCAGAAGUUGGAUUCUGUUUAGUUGCGGCCAUGUUUGUGUCGGCUCUUAUCCACAGAGUUUGUGUGACAACAUGUUUCAUCUUCUCCAUCGUGGCACUAUACUACCUUAACAAGAUAGCCCAGUCACGAUUUGCUCCGGCACCAACACCAGUCAAGGCCACGCCCUCCAAGAAGAAGAAGUAGAUUCAUAAUCUCAUCAUUUCAUGUUCAGUAAUGCUUUAUAUUAGGGGAAAUUAAUAAAUAUAUUUUACAAUUGGA